CUACCUCUUCUUGUGCAUUAUGCUCCCAUCUCACUACAACGGCAUCAAAUCCAAGACCCAACAUGGCAACUGCAGUUCUUGAUUAUGAAUCACAGACGCUACCACUUGCAAACAUACCAAGCACCUCAGACAUCAAGAGACGCCUUGGCUUCUCUGAGCUCUAUGCCCCUACUUUCCUUAGAAAGGUUGUUGCAGAGAUGAUUGGCACAUAUAUGCUAGUUUUUGCCACUUGUGGGGCUGCUGGCUUGAGCAAGAAUGAUGACCAACUGGUUUCAAGGCUAGGGGCUUCACUUGUAGGAGGGCUCAUUGUAGCAGUGAUGAUAUACUCAAUAGGGCACAUAUCAGGGGCUCACAUGAACCCUGCGGUCACUGUUGCCUUUGCAUCAGCUAGGCAUUUUGCUUGGAAACAGGUUCCUAUCUUCAUAAUGGCUCAGUUAAGUGGAGCAAUUGUUGCAUCAUACGUACUAAAAGUUAUACUGGACCCAAUCACUGAAAUAGGGAUUACGGCCCCCUCCAAAUCUCCAUUUCAAGCCUUGGGAGCGGAAAUUGUUACCUCAUUUGUUCUAAUGUUUGUCACAUCAGCAGUUGCAACAGAUUUUAAGGGGGCUGGGCAGCUUGCGGGUAUGGCAUGUGGGUGUGCAGUGACAAUCACCUCAAUUUUUGCAGGGCCAAUUUCUGGAGGAUCAAUGAAUCCCGCAAGGACACUGGGUCCAGCUAUCGCAUGGAAGACCUACAAGGCAAUAUGGGUCUACAUAGUGGGACCACUUAUUGGGACUAACUUGGGUGCGUGGUCCUACAGUUUGAUACGUGAUGCUGAAAAGCCCUUCCGUCCCUUACCUUAAGGCUUUUCUCCUUCACUACAAGUGAGGCACCUUACCAAAGAGGCAUCAAUGGCAAGUGAUUAGCCAUAUGUAGUUUUGUAAAAUCUCUGCCAAGUAGUUCCACUUGUUAGUUCUUUUCCCUUUUUUUUUUUUUUCUCUUUCUUCUUGUAGCAAGAAGAGCUUGAAUGUACAUUGCUAUGUAUCAUGUUAGUUAAAUAUAGAAGGUUGAGCUCUA